AGUGAUUCGUGUUUUUUUCCCGAUGUUUUUGAUAUUUCAGUAGGGCAUAAUAGUUCAAGUUAUCACCACUAUUUGUAUGUGAUGGGCGUGAUUUUUGUUUUCUUAACAUUGGAAACCGUGGAUGUAGAUAGGACGGAAAUGAAGCUGGACAUUGUUUAAGGAAAGUCACAUUCAAUGGGUAGUGGAAUUUCAGCUAGACCUUCGGUUAUAAUUGAUCCAAUACGAGUGUCACGAACGAAGGGCAAAUACCCGCCCCCAUUAGCACCAAAAUGGUUUCUACCGGAUAUCCGCCCACUGGUUCACGCGCCAGAAACGGAUGACCCUGACAGUCACAGCAUCGAUUGGUACGCCAUUGAACGUUCACUGGAGACGGAAGUCGAGGACGGCGUCGAUUCAGAUGUAGAUACAGUCCGGAUAAGACCUUUAUCUGGGAUUGGAAGUAACAGGACAGAUUCUGGGAGAAAGAAAAUUCGUCAAGCACAAAGGCAUAGACAUAAGCAGAUACUCUCUUUUGAUGCGAUUGAUCAACAUGCAAAGUCUGCACUACCUAAUCAUUCAGUAACGUUUGAAGAGUUAAUUAAGUACCUCAAACAGCCUAUUGACGAAGGACUACACCCAGACACUUGUCUAGUUCGUGCGUUAACAGUCUGGUUAUCCAAACAAGACAACAGAAAGUCAAAAUACCAGCACGCGGAUGUAACAACACCCAAUGGUAUUAUCCAACACUUGAAACAUCAGACAUUGUCGUAUACAGAAGCUUACACCCUCAUAUGCAGAGGAGCUGGAAUUCCAACGGUGAUAAUAACGGGCGUUGUAAAAGCUGGUAAAUACAAACCAGGCGACAUUAUUGAUGAGGGUGCACGUGAUACUUGGUGUGCAGUACAUGUAGAUGGGAGCUGGCAGCUCGUGCACCCUUUCUGGGUGUGCAGAGGUACAUAUGGCAAAGAGAGAGAAGGUUGGGUACAAAUAGAAGACGAUCCAUUUUUAGCUGAAAAAGUUGCAAGAAGAGAAAAACAAAAAGAAAAGGAUGUAUUUGUAUUUAAUGAAGAAUUCUUUAUGCCUAAACCAGAAGUAUUUAUAUACAGAUGCUUUGCUGAUGACAAACAAUGGCAUUUAAUUCCAGAAGAGAAGACAUUAAAGUCUGUGGAGGAAUUUACAAAAUUGGUGUAUAUUUCUCCCCCAUUUUUUAAGUUCGGACUUUCAUUAGCAAGUAAUCCAUUCUGUGUUCAACCAUCUAUAAAUGGAACAGUUAUCAUAGAAAUUGUGGCACCUAAAGACCACAUUCACGCGCUGAAUCUGGGUUAUAAAAUUCACACCGAGGAGAAUGAGACCCAAAAUACAUUUCAAUAUAAAAACCUUCUGCAAAAUAAUGCGCCUUGUUAUAAAUUACAGAAGCAAUGA